GGAAAUGUUCGGAAAUGAAUCUUUGAAACUUUUUCGAUGAACCGCGAAUAAAAUAAAUACGUAUGUCUAGUAUACAUCUCACUUUACCUUCGCCAUACUUGUAUCGAGUGACAUCAUUCUAUGGAACCCAAAUUUAAGAAAGAGAAAGAAAGUAAACGUGAAGGAGAAUACGUUCACUACGUGAAGCGUAAGUCAGAGAAGGAAGAAUAGAACUACUGAGGAUUCAGAGCACAGCGCUCAGUCGUUAACGAAGCAUCGAAAUUGUUGGUUCGGUAGUACUUGUGGACAAGCUUAGAACGUAAUUCCUAGAAUAAAUAAAAAUGAUUUACCAAAUUAAGAAUGCCAGUGAUUUAAAAAAUCAGCUUGAAAAAGCUGGAGAUCAAUUGGUUGUAAUUGAUUUUUUUGCUGUGUGGUGUGGUCCAUGCAAAAUAAUUGGACCUAAAGUAGAAGAGUUAUCACUGGAAAUGGAAGAUGUUAUUUUUUUGAAAGUUGAUGUAGAUGAAUGCGAAGAUAUUGUUGGUGAAUAUGAAAUUACCAGUAUGCCUACCUUUGUUUUCAUCAAAAAUAGCAAAGUGCUGGAAAACUUUUCUGGUGCUAAUUAUGAUAAACUUAAAAACACAAUUCAGAAACACAAAUAAAUAAUUUUAAUAAUAAAAAUAUUUUUAAACAGAAUUAUCUAUUAAUUAAUAUUAAUCAACAAAAAUGAUUAGCAAAAACUUCUUAUAUUCUUAUUAAGAAAUAAAGCCAUUUAUUAUUCACAAAAUAAAGAUAAAAAGAUAUAUAAAUUUGUGUUAAUACAUUGUCAAUUUUAUUAUACAUAUUUUAUUUGCAAAAUAAAAUAUAAUCAGCUUAUAAAAA